CACCAAACCCCUUGCUUGCAUCUAUUAUCGUACUAUUUGUAUUCUCCCUGCACACUUCAAAUGGCGCGCCAGGGCGGUCGGAGGGCAAAUUUCAAACAAAGGAGGCAGCGAGUCAGGCGAGAGCAACAGCACCAGCAGAGGUACCGGGCGAGGGGGCGGGCGCAGCGGUAACCGGACUUCUGGCCCACGAAAGGCCGUGUUUCGCCCGUCUGUCCGAGCUCUGCCAGUUGGUGGCGCCCCCGGCGACACGGCAGCAGCACAUGCAAACCUUACCAACGCCAAUGGGUCGAAGGUGGCGACGGAGCAAAAGGAGAGAAUCAGUGGGCAUCCGGGCCUACUGCUUGUGAACCGGAAGCUGUCGAACAGCGCCGGGACUGUGCCAAAGAAGCACAUGGCUGGGGUACCGCAGGCGGUUGCUGAAAAGCCUGGGUCGGCUGCGGCAGAUGCCGGGAAGCAGGAGAAUCCGUGGCUGGCGCGCGGUCGCCGGAUGAGUGCAAGGGCUAACGCGGCUGUGGAUGACGCAGCGACAUCGACGGGGGCUGCCAUAUUGGGCAGCAAGCAGGCGGUCUCAAGGAAAAGCGGUGCUGCCAAAAGUGGCCAGAAGCUACCCCAGAUUACUCCAGUGCCGGUUGGAAGCAACAGGAGCAAUGGCAGCAAGCAGUGGGACGAGAUGCUUGAUACUGAAGGCAUUGAUUUCUCGCAGGACCUGGAGUUUGGUGAUGGUGCCACGGUGCGGAUAAGCCCUGUGCCACUGUCUCCUCAGCCCAAGGAGCCACCACUAGCUACUGCUGCAACUAAACAGCAACCACAGCAGCCAGAUGCAGCAGCUGUUGCUGCAGAUCCAAAGUCGGAGCCAGUCAAAUCGAGCGAGCGAAACAUCAAAUCGAAGCCAAAUGCCAGCAAACCGGCCCAAAUCGCCGGUGAAGUCGCAGAGACUAUUGGCCCAGCUUGGCCCACGGCCAGCAGCGCAGAUAAACAGCAGCAGCAACAAGAACAACAGCAGCAGCAGUCCGUUGAUCGGAAGGUCGAGGUAAAGGUCUGGGGAAAGCCUGCCAAGACGGUUGCACCAGCCAAGACCGACGAUGCCGGGGAUGCAUCACCAAAUACACGGUGGUGGAAGGCAAGCUUGUCUGGUGGUGCUCGAGCAGGUCCACGGCCAGAAACAACAACAGCAGCGACAUCUGAUCAUGCUUCGCGACGGCAGCAGCAGCAACAGCAAAAACUGCAGCCUGCUGCAGCUGGGUCCCCUAAGCAGCUGCGACAGAUGCAGAAGCGGCCUGACAGAGGAGAGCCACGGGUGUCUCAGGCUGACAGAAGCGAGCGCAGUGGCCGAUUCCAGCGCGGGGGUCGACGCCACCAGGCGCCAGUCCCCACAGUCGUUCCACCGCUGCUGCUUACGCGAGCAGGCAUGCGCAGUACUAUGCAUAUUGAUGGGGAUAUAGAUGGCAGUGCUGCCGACACAGCCAGCAUCGAAGAACCAGUGCCUAUGGCCAAGUUGCCGGAAGCGAAUGAGACAGAAGAGGCUGCGACGAAUUCGGGGGGUAAUGUCGGGCAGGUGGUGCCGGGUUCCAACUUUACAAGCAAGAAGGCGGUGCAUGAGCCAGCAGUCGAGUCAACAAUUGCCCUUGCACCAGCACACGGGACAUCAAAACAGGAAUCGCCAGAAUCCUAAGGAGCAGCCAGCAGUCAGUCAGCGCACCAAGGACGUGAAGAGUAAUGGUGUCUCGCGCCCUACUACAGCAGCACAGCGCAGGACCGAGCCGGGGCAGUCAUGGCGCAAGGAUGGACGUGAUAAUCGGAGCGUGGGCAACUGGCGGUCAGGCCAUGCACAGAAGGACACUAUUAAUUCGCCACAAGUAUACCAGCCGAAGCAUGCAGCAGCAGCAAACCAGCUGGCAUCUUCUGUACCAACUCCGGUCAUGGCCGGCAGCAAAGGUGUUGCUCGGGAUGACAGUAAACCGCAGCAGCACAACAGCUUUGAACGAGGCAAGCAUGAGCCGAUGUCAAAGGCCAAGAUGGCAAGUAG